AACGCCAGGGGGCGGUGCAGACAAACUUUCGAGCAGACAAAGAUGGCGGUACGGAAGAAAGACGGCGGCCCGAAUGUAAAAUAUUUCGAAGCGUCUGAUACCGUCUCGCAGUUCGACAAUGUCCGGGUUUGGCUGGGCAAGAAUUAUAAAAAGUAUAUUCAAGCAGAGCCCCCUACCAAUAAAUCUUUGUCAAGUCUGGUGGUUCAGCUGCUUCAGUUUCAGGAGGAAGUGUUUGGUCGGCAUGUCAGCAACCCUCCCCUCACUAAACUACCGAUGAAGUGUUUCUUGGAUUUCAAAUCUGGAGGAGCUCUGUGUCAUAUUCUGGCUGCUGCCUACAAGUUCAAGAGUGAUCAAGGAUGGAGGAGAUUUGACUUCCAGAAUCCUUCGAGAAUGGACCGCAAUGUUGAAAUGUUCAUGACUAUAGAAAAGUCUUUGGUACAGAAUAACUGUUUGUCCCGACCUGUGAUUUACCUGAGUUCAGAGAUAGAGCCCAAGCUGCUGGGAAAACUGAAGGACAUCAUCAAACGACACCAGGGGUCUGUGACUGAAGAUAAGCUGUCCAGCUCUCAUGUAGUGGUGCCUAUUCCUGUUAGUCUGGAGGACGAAGAGUGGGUUCGUCCUGUAAUGAAGAGAGACAAACAGAUGCUGCUACACUGGGGCUACUGGCCUGAUAGUUAUGACACAUGGAUCUCAGCCAGUGAGGUGGAGGCUGCUGUGGAGGAUCCGCCCACUGCUGAGAAACCCAGGAAGGUCCAUGCCAAGUGGAUUCUGGACCUAGAUCAGUUUAACGAGUGGAUGAAUGAGGAAGACUACGAGGUGGGAGAAGGAGGACCGAGGAGGAAGAGAAUUUCAGCAAAGACUCUCACAGAUGAAGUGAGCGCUCCAGAUGAAAGGAGGGAUAAAAAACCCAGCAGUGCUAAAAAAAGGAAGCGCUCCCCGUCUCCAUCUCCUACCCCUCCACCACAAGAGAGCAAGAAGAAAAACACCAAGAAAGGGCCCACUACUCCCUACACUAAGUCCAAACGAGGACAGAGAGAGGAAGAACAGGAAGAUUUGACAAAAGAUUUAGAUGAACCCUCACCUGUGCCUGCAGUGGAGGAAGCAACACUACCUAAAAGCAUCAUCAACAAAAAACAUUUUUACCAAACAACUAAUUCUAGAUUGUGUGUAAUCUUGAUAAUAUUUUUUUUUAUAGUGACUAAGAAGGACUCCGAUUCUACUCCAGUGAAAGGAGGCACUAUGACUGACCUGGAUGAGCAAGAGGAUGAAUCAAUGGAGACUGUAGGGAAGGAAGAAGAAGAAGGUUCUCCGAGUGUGAAAGGAGAACCGGUGAAGGGUUCGGACCUUCAUGAGGAUAAUGUCACUGAACAGACCCAUCAUAUCAUUAUCCCCAGCUAUGCUGCUUGGUUUGACUAUAACAGUGUCCAUGCUAUAGAGCGCAGGGCACUGCCUGAGUUUUUCAAUGGGAAAAACAAGUCAAAGACUCCUGAAAUUUAUCUGGCAUACCGUAACUUCAUGAUAGACACGUACAGACUGAACCCGAAGGAGUAUUUGACCUCCACAGCCUGCCGUAGGAACCUGGCUGGAGAUGUUUGUGCCAUUAUGAGGGUCCAUGCAUUCUUGGAACAGUGGGGCUUGAUUAACUAUCAGGUGGAUUCAGAGAGUCGGCCCACUCCCAUGGGGCCUCCACCCACCUCACACUUUCAUGUGCUGGCAGAUACUCCAUCAAGUCUGGUACCACUACAGCCCAAAGCAUCCCAGACUUCAUCCUCUCAACAGAUGCUGUCAUUCCCAGACAAAGUAAAAGACAAACCAGCUGACUUGCAGAACUUUGGAUUGAGGACAGAUGUGUACAGUAAGAAGAGUGGCCCAGCUAAAACUAAAAAUGCUGCCAGUGCCACUCGGGAAUGGACAGACCAGGAGACACUGCUACUGCUCGAGGGUCUAGAGAUGUAUAAAGAUGACUGGAAUAAAGUAUCGGAGCACGUGGGAAGCCGCACCCAGGAUGAGAGCAUCCUCCACUUCCUGCGUCUGCCGAUCGAAGACCCCUACCUGGAGGAUAGCUCUUCCUCCCUGGGCCCGCUGGCCCAUCAGCCAAUUCCAUUUAGUCAGGCGGGGAAUCCUGUCAUGAGUACUGUGGCAUUCCUGGCCUCUGUGGUUGACCCUCGAGUGGCUUCCGCUGCAGCUAAAUCUGCACUUGAGGAGUUUUCUCGAAUGAAGGAGGAGGUCCCGGCUGCGUUGGUGGAGGCUCAUGUGCGUCGAGUGGAGGAGGCGGCCAGAGCAAGUGGGAGGCCAGACCCUCUCUAUGGCCUGGAGGGCAGCGGCAUCGCAGGAACUGUCCUUGAAGAUUCUGACAAACCCUCUGAAGAUGGAAGUGAAGAGAAUAAGAGCAGUGAUGGUCAAUCUAGCCAAGAUAAAAGAGACAAUAAGGAGAGCAAAGAUGGAGCCAGUGAGGAGGAAGAAAAACAAGGAGAGAACGGCAAGAAAGAGGAAGAGAGAGUGAGGGAAGGGGAGGCAGAGAGAGAGACGGAGAAAACAGACUCAGAAAUGGCAGCCGAUGGCGAGAAGGAGAAAGAACGGAAGGAGGGAUCAGAAGAGGGUCAGAGGGAUGGAGAGAGUGAGGGAGAGAAGAAAGCAAAGGUGGAGAGAGAUGUAGGAGAGGGAAACUUGGCCACCGCCGCUGCUUCUGCACUCGCUGCUGCUGCCGUGAAAGCUAAGCACUUGGCAGCAGUAGAGGAAAGGAAGAUCAAGUCUCUGGUGGCUCUGCUGGUAGAGACCCAGAUGAAGAAACUGGAGAUCAAACUCAGACACUUUGAAGAGCUGGAAACCAUCAUGGACAGAGAGAGAGAGGCACUGGAGUAUCAGAGGCAGCAGCUUCUUGCUGAUCGUCAGUCGUUUCAUAUGGAGCAGUUGAAGUAUGCAGAGAUGAGAGCCCGACAGCAACACUUCCAGCAGAUCCAACACCAGCACCAUAGCAACCAGCCUGCCAAUCAAUCCGGCAGUACUCCAUCUGUACCCCACCAGCCUGUCACUAACGCCUCUGCCCCGCCCCCAACACAAAGCCCCGCCUCCGUGAGCACCCCUAAUGCCCACAGUGAAGCUCCUCCACCUGCAUCUCACAGUUCUCCCCCCACCAACGCACAGACUGGAUCAGCGCAUGAAUCCAGCACUCAACUAGCAGGGGAUUCUCUCUAUCCAAACGCCCCUGUGCCUCCAACACAGUAAAAGAAAUGGUGAGAUUUAAAGGGGAUCAAUGAUUCCAGAGAAGAAAAUGAAGGAGAUUAGAUAGAAAGCAAAAGAUACAGAGAUAAAGGGAGCGAUAUCUUCUUUUUUGUCACUUGCAUCAUUUUUGGGAGAAAAUGAUAGAAAUGAAUUCUUGCCAGCAUCUUGAACAUGACAUCAUUCAAAAUAAAUAGCUAAAGCUAAACACAGAUAACCUUUAAACUGACUGACAAAUAAAACA